CCAGCCCGGGCGCAGAGGCCGACAGAGCAGUGUCCACCGUCGCGUCUCCCCCGCGUCCUCCUCCGUCUCAUCUCAAAUCAAAAAAAUCCAAACCAAACGCCCCCACGCGCACUCCGCCGCCUCACUCCUCCCUCCGAGCCUCCGCCGACCGCCGCCUUCGUGCGCGCGCGCGAGCGAGCCAGCGAGCCAGCGACCCAGCGACCCCAGGAAGCGAGGAAGGAGGCCAUGGCGGGGGGCGCGGACAAGGUGGACUACGUCUUCAAGGUGGUGCUCAUCGGCGACUCCGCGGUCGGCAAGUCGCAGAUCCUGGCCCGCUUCGCCCGCAACGAGUUCAGCCUCGACUCCAAGGCCACCAUCGGGGUCGAGUUCCAGACGCGGACGCUCGUCAUCGACCACAAAUCCGUCAAGGCGCAGAUCUGGGACACCGCCGGGCAGGAGAGGUACCGAGCUGUCACAAGCGCGUACUACAGAGGUGCUUUGGGAGCUCUGCUAGUAUAUGAUAUCACCAAACGCCAGAGCUUCGACCACAUUCCUCGUUGGUUGGAAGAGCUCCGUGGGCAUGCUGACAAGAACAUUGUCAUCAUGCUGGUCGGAAACAAGAGCGACCUCGAGGAGGAGCGUGCUGUGAGCACUGAGGAUGCCAAGGAGUUUGCAGAGAAGGAAAACCUCUUCUUCCUGGAGACCUCUGCGCUGCAGGCCACCAACGUGGAGAAUGCAUUCCAGACCGUCUUGACAGAGAUCUUCAAGAUCCACAGCAAGAAGAACAUGGCGGCGGACCCGAAGGCCAAUGGUGCUGCCCCGUCCCUGGCAGGGAAGAAGGUCCUUGUCCCAGGCCCGGCCCAGGAGAUCCCUAAGAGCAAAUGCUGCAGUUCCAUGUGAUAUCUUGCCUGGGUCGGGUUUGUGUGCGUCGAAAAUAUUCAUGUGAUGUUUCUGGAUGUACAUCUAGACUGGAAUAGGCCUAGGUUUGAAUUACUGGUUAUUUUGAUGUGCGGAUUGAAGGGGUCGAUAUCAUAGUUUAGAUUUGUCACCGUCUCCAUGGUGACAGGAGGAUAGGGAGCGAGGAGAAGAGCACUAUUUGCAUAGACUUGUGGAAUUAAUUACAAAUAGCAAUGUAUGCCGAUUGUUUAAUGUCGUCUUGAAGCCCUUGUGUACCGAGAUAGACUACUCAUACGCAUCGUAUCGACCUGCAUGUAUGAUACUGUUACGAUGCGCAUGGACCUUCGGCUCAUGCGGGUAA